GGAUGGAUGUUUGUUUUUCAGUGACUAAUGGGGAAGAAACUACUUAUAGGCUUGUCUGUCGGAGGUUUGACUCUGUUGGCUUUGGGACUUGUGGCCUGCUUCGUCUAUCCGGUCAUCUACAACAAUGAGGCGUCGCUUGUUGAGGGAUCUGAAGUGUAUGACGAAUGGCAGGCGCCGGACUACCCAAUCUACAUGAAGUUCACCAUGUUCUCCUUCAACAACUCAGACGAAUUCCUCAAUGGCACAGAUGAUAGCCCAUCGGUACAGCAAGUUGGAUUGCUCUCUUACAGAGAGUACCAGAAUAAAGUGAACAUCUCAUUUGAAGCUGAUAGUAAGAAAGUGCGCUACUACAACAACAAGAUGUACGUGUUCGAUGAAGCCACUUCCACAAUGGCCGAAAAUGACACAGUCGUAGUUCCCAACAUCCUCUUAUUCACCCUUGCGCAGUUUGCAGAGGAUAGUGUGGCCGCGGUCGGAGAUAUCGUUCGAAAUGUGACUAAUACUUUAUGCAAAAGCGGUAACUCAACUGAAGAAAAUUCAGUGGCACCAUUUUACACAGUAGAAGGCGGAGACUUGCUCUGGGGGUACAACGAAAAUGCUCUUCUGGUUGCACUUCAAACAAAACUGGACGAAUUUCCAUAUAGCUUAUUGAAAAUUACCAUUCCAACAUCCAUUGGGCUACAGCUAAACGAUACAAAUGACGGAUUGUACGAAAUAUACACUGGUAAGGGUGACGACAACAGCAAUCGAGGAAUCAUCGAGAAAUGGAACAACUCGACGACGCUGAGUUAUUGGAACGAAACAUCGUGCAACAUGAUUAACGGCACUGAUGGCACGGUUUACCCUACCAAUGUCAACAAAAACGAACGACUAUAUAUCUUUAACACACAAGUUUGCAGAAGUAUUUUUGUGACUGCUUCAGCGGAUGAAAAGAUAGCGGGAAUCAAGACGGCAAAGUUCACAGCGCCGCCAGAAGUUUUCAAGGUGGACUUUGAAAAUAACCCUGGAUUUUGUCCGGAUGGCAAUGCGAGCAAAUGUCUGGGAGAUGGGCUUCUGGACGUCUCCAAUUGUAUACAGGAACAAAUGAAAGAUGCGUUGAAUCUCCCAAUUGAUCUUCCGCUGAGUGUGGUCAUCUCCAGUCCAGAGUUUCUCGAUGCCUCCCAAGAAAGGAUCGACUCCAUCAUCGGAUUCAACCCAGACCCAACGAAGCACGAGACAUUCAUCAAUAUGGAACUGGACAGUGGAAUUAUCCUGAAGGCAGCCAAAAGAGUGCAACUCAACACUGAGAUGAAAUGGUUCAAAGACAUCGAAAGCUUGCCUCCCAUUGAACCGGACAACUGGCCAUAUCUUGUUCCCCUCUUCUGGGGAGGGGAGUAUCUGCCUGUGGAUGACAAGUUGACUGGGCAAGUUAAACAGCUGAACAGAGUCAACCUUUCAGUAGAUGUGCUGUCGUACUUGGCCAUCGCAUUCGGAUGUCUAUUUUUAGUAGUGACAGUCGCACUAGUUAUAUACGCCUCAUACAAGAAGCGCCAAAACUACGAUGUUGAUGAUGUUGACAGGAGCGCUCUGCUUGGAAAACAGUUCUAGGACAGCAUAGGUACGUCAGAAAGGAGCCAGCAAGUUUCGCUCCACACUAAGUUUAUUAUGAUCAAAUUAUGUUUUUCACUUGUCUUGGUGCUAAAAAAUCAAAUCAGCUAUGAAAUAUUUUCUAUUCUGUAGAGGUAGUCAAUUCAAUAUAUCAAUUA